CCAUUUAAAGAUGUCUGCGCCCAUGUGGAAGAGUGAAGUUGAAAAAUAUAUCAAACUUUUGGAAAAUUCUGCAGUUGAAGUCCUUAGUAAUGGGCUUCAAGGGAAAUCUGUUUCUCUUCUUGAACUCGUGGAGAGCAUUGGGGAGCAUUUGACCAGUGAGGACCAUGAGAUCAGGGGACGUGUGAUCAAGUUACUGUCCGAGGUUCUUGGCAAGCUUCCAAACACUGUCCUUUCACCAAUGGAAGUGAAGACAAUGGUGACUUACCUUUGUGAGAGACUUCAGGAUCACCACUCCAUUCAGCCUCAGGCCCUCAAAGGCAUUCUGACUCUGGUGACAGGGAAUGGAUCAAAUCUCCCUGAGGGGUGUGCCGAUAUGAUAUGCCGCUCAAUAUUCAAAGAGGUUCAGGUUCAAACCCUAUCACAGACAGACAGGUGUGCAGUGUACAACAUUUAUUCCACAUUACUCAGCCAUAAACUCCCAGAACUACAGAAGAUGGGAAAUGAUUUUGUGUUUGGCUUUAUUCAGUCCAUGGAUACAGAGAAAGACCCUCGCAAUCUCUUAUUGGCAUUCCACUGUGCUAGAACCAUCAUUCUGAAUUUCUCUUUAGGUCCCUUUGUGGAGGAGAUGUUUGAGGUCACUUCUUGUUAUUUCCCCAUAGAUUUCACUCCGCCACCCAACGAUGAGUUCCGAAUCACUCGGGAGGACCUGAUCUCCGGAUUACGUGGAUGUCUGUCAGCCUGCCCGGAGUUCGGACCUUUGGGUGUUCCCUUACUUCUUGACAAAAUGCAGUCGGAUGUUCAAAGCGCCAUAUUGGAUUCCCUGCUUACACUGGCUGAGAGUGCUGUUGUGUAUGGAUCAAAGUGUAUAAAGGAGUUCCAGGCUCCUCUCUACAGGUGUAUCAAACAGGAGAUAUUUAGUCCUAGGACACCAGAGCUGGCGUCGGCUGCAGAGACUGCCCUCACUGCUAUGUCAGCCGCCUUGUCCCCACAGCCUGGUCUUUCUACAGAAGAUUCAGAUGUAGAUGUUUUUAUCAAAGAAGUCAUGCAAGACAGUAAGCGUCACUUCCUGGACGAGGACGUACGACUGUUUGUCCCCUCAUGUCGCCUGCUCCUUGCCCUGGCCCUGGGGUCAGACCAUGCCUGCUGUGCUGUGGUCGGUCAGACAGUGCCCCUCCUGGAAGAUUUAUACAACAAAUUUACCGGGGCAACCCAAAGAAAACAGAUAAUAGAAAUGCUAGUCAAGUUUUUAUGCAGUUGCAAGACCUUUGCUGGAGGAAAGGCUCCCAAAGUUGUAUCAGAAAUGAUAUCAUCGUCUCUCAAGAUUCUAAUGUCGUCAACAUCACAGUCGAAUGGAACCUUGACCUCAGCUGCAGUUCAAGGUCUAGGUCAAGUUUUGACCUUGCCUGGUGUUCUCGCAUCAGAGGAUAUGAAAACGUCCUGUUGGUGCAUUCUAGAGCAAGUUUUGAACUCUGAAGAUAAACUUGUAAGGAGUUCUUGUGUGGAACCAUGUAAGGAAAUGAUGAAAGUUUACCCAGAAAUUUCUACAGAAAUUCUACCAAAGCUUAUAGAGAAAAUUAAUCCAGAAGAAGGAGAGGCCAUUUUGCCAUUUGUUGCCAUUUUUUCUGUCCACAAGAGUGUGAUAUCAAAGACAACUGAACAAUUGAUGUCCAAACUACAGCAAGAAUCUCAAGCCAUGAGUGAGUCAGCCCUACAGACUUGCCUGUGGAUUACAUCAUGUUUAGUAGACAUUUCUGUGUAUGCCAGAGGAAAUUCGGACUGUGUAUCUGUGUUGUCUUUGGAAACGGUCCCCGCUGUUUACAAAAUGUGUGCAUCUAAUGCUGUGUCUGAUAAUUACAGUGAUGUCUUGUCUAGUCCACAAGUACUUCAGACUCUGUCUGUGUUCAUCAGAAAUAUCACCACCUUGUUAGAUUCAGGAACAUAUGCCAAACUGUAUACUUUGGUCACAAAGCUUUAUUGUGAGGAUUCUUACAGUAAUACUACACAACAGAAGUCUUUCAGGCCUUUACAGGUGGAUUCACCUUCAGAACAGACUUGCCUGGUGACUCUCCUUACACCCACGCUCUGCUCCAGUCCUAACCAGUUCACGAUGCCUGACAUCCAGAAAUAUCGAGAACUACUGACUGAUCUGUCACUCAGAAGUAACCAAGACUACACCAGAUCUGAAUCAGCCAAAUGUUUGGCAGGAAUCUUAAAUAAAGCUCCAGAUGAUGAAGAGAUGGCAGUGUAUUUACAACAAAGACGAGACUUUUAUGUACAGACCUUGACCUCUACAAGUACGGACACUUCCUGUCUGCAGCAGUGUGUCUGGGUCACAAAAGCUCUUGUCAUGCGAGGCCAUAAGGAGGCCAACAAGUUUGUAAACAUUCUGCUUGGUUUGCUGGACAGUGAGUUCCUGGGUGACCGGGCAGCGGAGGGGGUGGGGGUCGUACUCACAGUGUAUGAGGAUGUCCUGAAUCUGUCCAUGCAUGCCAACAUCCGCAUGCUCUAUAAACAGAGAUUCUUCACUGAAAAUUCUAGCCGCCUCACAGAGGGAUUUCAAAAUGCAUCAGCAGGGACAAAGAAGAACUAUCUGAUAGCCCUGUCCCACUGUCUGCAGUCUCUACCCAAGUCUGUCCUUGUGAGAGAACUGCCUCAGUUGUUCCCCUUGUUGGUCCAGUCCUUGCUGUGUGAUAACGUCCAGUUACAACAGUCCACUAUGGACGCGCUGUGUACAAUGAUCACUGAUGCCCCCGACUUCCUGGUCAAACAUGUAGACUCGGUGAUCCCCCAGCUCCUGAAACUGACCACCUACAAACCAGCAAUGAGGGUGCGGACUUCGGCCCUGCGAUGUUUGCUGGAGCUUGUUUCCCUGCCCGCCCCUGUGAUCUUACCCUACAAACCCCAGGUAGUCAGGUCACUGGAGGGCGUGCUGGACGACAAGAAACGACUGGUCAGGCUGGAGGCUGUGAAAGCCAGGAACGAGUGGUGUCUAUUGGGAGAACCUGGUGGAAAAAAGUGACCUGAAAGAUAAAUAGAUCUAAAUGAAUAAAUAAAAAUAGUUUCUGUAUAUUAAAUGUAAAUAAACUUGUACAGAUGUAUCUCACCUAGCAUCGCUGAUUUAGCUGUCUAAUGUUAAUAUUGUGGUAUAUGCUGUGGUAUAAAUGUACCUGUAUUUGGCAGAGGCCACAUAUUUGCGAGAUUUGCUUAUAAUAAAUAUGUACUGUAAAACUCU